CUCAGCACCCCUUUUUUCUAACACAUCGGUAUAAAAAAUUAAAAAAAAAAAAAAAAAAAAAGUGUGUCGCUAAAUAACUUCAUCAAACAAAAAAUAACUUCUUCUGAAGCGUUUCUGGACUUUCCUCCCACGAUUUAAUCAAAAAACAACUUCUCCAACCAACGAUCGGACCAAUGUGACUGCCGAAAAGGGUGAGACCCCUAAUGGGUUUAACGGAAAUGGUGUCGGAUUGAAUUCCGAGAAUGGUGAGAGAGGAGAAAACGACGGAGAGAGUCUCAAGAGUGAGAUCAAAACCUUGGCUGGUGCGUUUUCUAAGAUCAAUCCGUUGGCUCAGGAGUUUGUUCCUUCACAGGCUCGAGGUCAAUCUAGGGUUUUGGGAAAUGGAUUAGGGUUUACUAACAAUUUUGCAGAUUGGAAUGAUCAUUUUGCCAGAAAGAGAAAGAGCUUUGGCCAAGGGAAGAGAAGAGUGAACAAAAGAACCAGUUUGGCUGAGAAGGAAGAUGUGAUCAGGAGAACUGUAUAUGUCUCCGACAUUGAUCAACAGGUUACCGAGGAGAACCUUGCAGGUCUCUUUGUUAACCGUGGACAUGUUGUUGAUUGUCGUGUAUGCGGUGACCCAAAGUCGCUUGAGUUCACCAAUGAAGGUGCUUUUCAAGAAAGGUUGUUGAUUGACAUAUACAGUUCUCGUGAUCACAUCUUCCUUCUGAGCCAAACUGAGGGAGCUAGGGCUGCAUUGACAAUGUCAGGAACGGUGCUCGGUUUUUACCCUCUUAAGUUUAAUCAAAUCUCGAGCAUAAUGGUGAUUUCUUUCUUUCACAGUCUAAGGAUGAACGCGAGAUGCGUGAGGACUGUUUACUGUACCAACAUUGACAAGCGGAUUACUCAAACUGACUUGAAAGGUUUCUUUGAAAUGCUUUGUGGAGAGGUUCAUCGUCUGAGGGUUGGAGACUAUCACCACCAAACCCGCAUUGCUUUUGUUGAGUUUGCAAUGUCGGCAACUAUAAGGUUUGAGCACACGUACAUUUGACCAACUAUUAGAAAAGACAAAUCAGACCAUGAUGGAGGUAGCCCACAAGACAAUGGCAAUGGCAGAAACUCUGUUGUCAGUCCUACUGUGGGAUGCGGUGGGGACAGCCCGAUAGAUGACCGAAGAGAAUGAUUAUGAGCCCAACGAUGCUUCUCCUAGAGGAAGCGAGUCUCCUUGACUUUGAUGGCUUAUGGUCUCAGGUCGCAAGCAAACAUUGUAGCAUGUGUACUACUAUUUGGUCUGACUGUCCCAUAUAUCUUCUUUUUUCUUCUAUGUGUGUUUGCUUUGUUGAACCCUUAGAGUUUUUCUCUUUUUGCCCCAAUGGAGAUGGUGAAACAAUGCUAUAAAUGGUUUGCUUUUCAAUUUCCGACCAGUUUUAAAAGGUUGUUGAGUGUGUGGUUACAGUCAUGUUUGAUUACAUGAAUGAAUUUAUGAAGGCUAAUAGAAAAAGAAGAAAGAAAAAGC